AUGCUACAAGGUUCAACGAGAGCAUAGACGUCCCAAGGGUAAGCAUGAGAGCCGUUGUUCUACUCUUCAGGAAAAAAGACAAUAACCGACAGCGAGGAAUACAUCUUCCCAAACAUCGAGAAAGUAAAGGUUACGAUAGAGGGAAAGCCGAAUGCCGUAUACAGUCAGGGCUUAACAACGGAAAAUUUCUACGACGAACCAAAAAGACUAUUCGGAAUAGCCAACAACACCUGUAACGAUAACAUAAGCGUUAGGAAAUUCUACAAAAAUAAAUUCGCAUUGGUGGUUGAUCUGAGAGCUGUUGAUGACAAUCAUAUCGUUGGAAGUGAAAAAAAGCUUCUCGGCGAUAAUCCUGGAAUUCUUCUGGAGAUCGAAACAGACGGGAUGUCCGAAGACAUUUUCUGUAACAUUUUCGUGUUAUCCGAUGGACUUAUAAACAUCAGCGAAAAGACCCUUCAAGGUAUUAGUUACUAA